AUGCGGUUCCUCGUCUCCUCCCUUGCAAUCCUCGCUGGAGUUGCAGCGCAAAACGAUGGGGACUUCUCACCCCCGAGCUAUCCCUCCCCGUGGAUGAGAGGAGGUGAUGGCUGGCAAGACGCCUACGAAAAGGCGCAGGCUUUCGUGAGCCAGCUUACGCUGCUGGAGAAGGUCAACCUGACGACGGGGGUUGGAUGGUCGGGACAGGCUUGUGUGGGUAAUACCGGCUCCAUUCCGAGAUUGGAUUUUCCGGGACUCUGUUUGCAAGAUUCGCCGGUUGGAAUCAGAUUUUCUGAUCUCAACUCGGUUUUUCCGUCUGGUAUGAAUGCUGCUGCAACAUGGUCCACUCGAUUGCUCAAAGCGAGAGGUGUGGCGAUGGGAGCAGAGCACCGUGGAAAGGGUAUCGAUGUCCAACUCGGGCCUGUAGCUGGCGCUUUGGGAAGGGCACCUGCUGGCGGACGAAACUGGGAAGGCUUCGGCCCCGAUCCAGUGUUGACUGGCGUCUCAAUGAGCGAAACCAUCAAGGGCAUCCAAGAAUCGGGUGUCGUCGCUUGCGCCAAACACUAUAUCAUGAAUGAACAAGAGCACAACCGCACCCCCAAUGGGAGUGUACAGUUCGCCUACUCGGCUAAUCUUGACGACAAGACUAUGCACGAGCUUUACCUAUGGCCCUUUGCGGACGCUGUGAGGGCUGGUGUUGGUUCGGUUAUGAGCUCCUACAACCAGAUUAACAACAGCUACUCCGCGCAGAACAGUUGGAUCCUGAAUUAUCUGCUCAAGAACGAGCUUGACUUUCAGGGCUUUGUCGUUAGCGAUUGGUGGGCGCAACAUACUGGCGUAGCUUCAGCUCUUGCAGGCCUCGACAUGACAAUGUCAGGAGAUCAGGGCUAUUUAUCAGGCAACUCCUACUGGGGCGCCAACCUCACAGCAUCUGUGCUGAAUGGGACCAUCCCACAGUGGCGACUCGAUGACAUGGUCACCAGAAUCAUGUCCGCCUAUUACAAAGUCGGCCGUGAUACCGCCAGCGUACCAGUAAACUUCAACUCCUGGUCCUCCGAGACUUUUGGAUUCCUCCAUCCCCAGGUCGAAGAGGGAUAUCAGCAAAUCAACUUCCAUGUGAAUGUACAGGCUGACCACGCUAAGCUGUGUCGUGAGAUGGCCGGUGCUUCCACAGUCUUGCUGAAGAACGUCAACGGGACUUUGCCAUUGAACAAACCAGAGAGUAUUGCUGUGAUCGGCGAAGAUGCACACGAUAACCCUGCUGGGCCCAACGCCUGCAUCGACAGAGGCUGCAACGUAGGCACGCUGGCGAUGGGCUGGGGAUCUGGCAUAGCCAACUACCCAUACCUCAUCGCCCCCAAUACAGCAUUGAAAGAACAAGCCGAGUCCGAUGGUACCAAAUACGCAAACGUAAGUGACAACUACGAUUUCGACGCCGUUACCAAAGCAAUCGCUGGCACAGAUGCCGUCCUCGUCUUCGCAAAUGCCAACUCGGGCGAAUCUUUCAUUACCGUCGAUAACAAUGUCGGCGACAGAAACAAUCUGACUCUCUGGGGAAACGGCGACGCUCUGAUUGAUCACGUCGCAUCGAUCCACCCGAAUACCAUUGUUGUGCUGCACACAGUCGGCCCCGUCAUAGUCGAGAAGCUUAAGCACCAUCCUAAUAUCACUGCCAUCGUCUGGGCCGGUCUGCCAGGCCAAGAAUCUGGAAACGCCAUCACAGACAUUCUGUACGGGAAGCGCAAUCCAAGCGCGAAGAGCGUGUUCACAUGGGGCAAGACGCGCGAGGAUUGGGGCGUCGACGUCGUCUACACACCUACCUCUGACCCGCCUCAAUUGAAUUUCAAGGAGGGAAUCUUCAUCGACUACCGGUAUUUUGACAAGAACAACAUCGAACCAUCGUAUGAAUUUGGUUUCGGACUCUCCUACACCAAAUUCUCGUACUCCGACUUGGUUGUUGUGAAGCAAAACCCUGGGCCUUACGAACCGACCACGGGCAUGACGACAGCCGCUCCGACGCUGGGAAAUAUCGAUUUUAACGCGAGUAAUGCUCAAUUCCCUGUAGGUUUUAAACCAGUGAGGUUAUACAUAUACCCGUAUCUGAACGCGCCUCCACCGACGGGAAAUGAUGACACUUUGUGGCCAGAGGGGAGCAGGGAGGGGACACCGCAGAAGAAACUUGCUGCUGGAGGGAGUGCAGGCGGGAAUAGCAAGCUGUACGAUAUCGUGUAUACUAUCUCUGCUACGGUGACGAACACAGGGGAGGUCGAGGGGACGGAGAUAGCGCAGCUUUAUGUUUCCUUGGGUGGACCAGACGACCCCGUCACGGUACUGAGAGGUUUCGAUGAUCUGACCCUUAGCCCAGGCGAGAGCCAGACGUUCGAGGUUAACCUCACGAGGAGAGAUAUCUCCAACUGGGAUCCAGUGUCUCAGAACUGGGUUGUUAGUCCCUACCCAAAGACUGUGUUCGUUGGAGGAAGUUCGAGGGAUCUACCACUACAGGGACCUUUGGCCUGA